AUGUCCACUGCCACAUCUGAUCAGGUUACUAAUGACAAGUCUGAUUUUCGUGAUCUCCACCCUAACCCUAUCAAGUUAGAUGGCAGCAACUAUCUUCUAUGGUCUCGAUCAGCCUCUUUUGCUAUUGCUGGUCGUGGCCUCACUGAUUAUAUUGAUGGGAUUAUUCCUAUGCCGACUACCCCUGGUGCUGCCCGGACUAAAUGGCUAGCCCACAAUGGUCUUCUUAUGUCCUAUUUGAUUUGGGCAGCAUGUAAGGAGACAUAUGGGCAGCUUGGUAAUGAUGCUCAGGUUUAUGAGCUUCGCAAGAAGGUUCUUCAUACUACUCAAGGGGACCUAAUUGUGUCUAAAUAUUAUGCCACUCUCAGCAGCCUCUGGCGGCAAUUGGACCAUUUUUCAGAUUAUCACCCUGAUACCGUUGCCAACAUAGUUGCAUAUAAGAAGCAUGUUGACAAGAUUCGGGUUUAUGACAUCUUGGCUGGGUUGAAUGAUGAUCUACAGGCUUUCCUGCGUGUACUAAGGUCUUCCGCUGCUGCGGCCUCUACUACUUCCGCUGCUACUGCCAAUUCCUUGGCUCCUUCAAGUUCUUAUUUUGCCCGAUCAGGAUCUGGCGUCUUCCAGGAUCUGGCGUCUGGGAAGACGAUUGGAUUGGGUAAAGUUCCCGGUGGGCUAUAUCUGCUUGAUGAUGGUCAUCUCUCUCCACCGAUUGGGCUGGUUCAUGUGAUCGGAAGUCCAUCUUUAGAUAUUGCUCUUUUGUAG